CCCAGCCCCUCAUGCCACGGGGCUGCCUCUCUUCCUCUCCCGCCAGCGCCCUCCUGCUCAUGCCAAGGAGUGCAGCCCCAGCCUGCCCCUCACCCCUAGUGCAGGGGCCCAGGCUCCCCAGUCACGUGGGCGCCCGGAGUAGGCCAUGCGCCUGCUCGUGCGGAGGGGAGCAGGUGCGGGCGCGGGGCGCUAACCAUGUUGCUAACCAUGUCUCCUCUUUCUUGCCCCGGCCAGCGCUGACGCCAUGCCGGUGCCCCCGGACGAGGCGGGCCCCGAGCCCCGGCUGAGCCGCACGCCCCUGCCCGUGCCGGCCUUCUUCCGCGAGGCCGAGGGCAGCUUCUCAGCCAAGAGGCCCCAGCGGGCGUCGGGCUACUCCCUCCCGUCCCGGCCGCGCCACAAAGUGCCCCCGACCGUGAGCCGCGUCUUCCCCGGCUGCCAGCCCCAGCCCUGGAGCCAGCCGCGGGCCCGCCUCGUGUGGUGCCGGGGGGCCCCCGGGCAGGCCGCGCCCCCCGCGGACCUGCUGUACGACCCCGCCAAGCGGGAGUCUUUCUUGCGCCAGUGCUUCCAGGUGCUGGGCCACCUAGGCCGCGGCUCCUUUGGCGAGGUCUACAAGGUGCGGAGCCGAGCGGACGGGCGCUUGUACGCGGUGAAGCGGUCGGUGGAGCCCUUCCGGGGGGCGGCCGACCGGCACCGCAAACUGGCGGAGGCGCGGCGGCACGGGCGCGUGGGGCGCCACCCCAACUGCCUGGGCCUGGCGCGGGCCUGGGAGGAGCGGGGCCAGCUCUACCUGCAGACGGAGCUGUGCCCGGGCAGCCUGCUGCAGCACUGCGAGGCCCGCGGGCAGCCCCCGCCUGAGCGCCGCGUCCGCGCCUGGCUCUGGGACCUGCUGCGGGCGCUGCAGCACGUGCGUGUCUGUGGCCUGGUCCACUUGGACGUCAAGCCGGCCAACGUCUUCCUCACGGCCCGCGGCGUGUGCAAGCUGGGCGACUUUGGCCUGGCCCUCGAGCUGGGCCAGGCCGAGCCGGGCGAAGCGCAGGAGGGCGACCCUCGCUACAUGGCGCCCGAGCUGCUGUGUGGGGAUUACAGCCCUGCCGCCGACGUCUUCAGCCUGGGCAUGACCAUCCUGGAGGUCGCCUGCAACCUGGAGCUGCCCACAGGGGGUGAGGCCUGGCAGCAGCUGCGGCAGGGAUACUUGCCCCCUGAGUUCACAGCUGGCCUGUCACUGGAGCUGCAGGCCCUGUUGGCUGCCAUGCUGGAGCCUGACCCCCGGCUCCGCCCUUCAGCGGAGACCCUUCUGGAGUCUGACCUCAUGCGCUGCACAGGCCGCUGGCGCCGCCUCGCUCUGCUGGCUGAAGCUGGGCUGGAGUGGGGCGCUGUGCUGCUCCAGGGGCUGAUGAGCUUGCUGUGGGGGGUCUGCCUGGCACUGUGCAGUCUCGCCCACUGGCGCCAGGGCCCCCCGACCACCCCGCCCCGCUCCCCGCUGCUCCCUGCCUACGGCAGCUUCUCCAGCGACUGGGAGGAGGACGAGGACGAUGAAGGUGGGACGGGCAGCCUGGCCCUGGAGGUGUUCCAGUUGUCGGGGAGCUCCAGGGAUAGCUCCCUCCAGGACAGGGCCCCCAGUGCUCCCCGGCUCAGCUUGCCUCUCUCUCUGGGCAGCACCUCUACGCCCCGGCAGACCCCAGGCGGCAGGAAGCAGAGGACCCCAGUUCUCCAGGGCAGCCCCAACCUGAGCUGCAUCUGCCCCGAAUCCUCAUGUGGCAGCUCCAGCUCCCCUGCUAGGGCCCGGACCCUCGGCUCUGAGGAUGAGGAGGCUGGAGUUGGAGAGGAUGAAGACCCCAGCCCCCGCUCCUCCUUUGAGCCCCGGAGCCUCCUCAGCCUCUUCGAGGAUGCUGCACCUGAGCAAAACUGACGGGGCGAGAGGGACUGACCUCCGCAACCCCCCGCUCCACCAAGGCAACACACAAGAUCCCCUUUGAGGCAGUGAUUAGAGAACCCCCCCACAAUUUUGGGGUAUACUGCAAUGACCCCCCUCCUCCGGGAGGUAGGUGGAGGGUGUGGGAGCUGAUGGGGGUGUGAACCCCAGCACUCACUACUGCAUCUUUCUAACCUGGGGGGGUCUUUUUAAUCGUGUGUCCAGCUCUCUCCUCUGGGGGUGCUGUUCUCAGCCUUGCUCCCCACCCCCCCGACCUGCCAGGGCUUCGGCCUGUCCCACAUUUGGGAUGUGAGCAGCAGGGAAUGUUCUGGAAUCGCGAGGAUGAUAAAUAAUAAAGAAAAACCCCGGGGCUUGGGAUGGGGCCCUGCAGGAGGCGUGUCUCAUCACACGCUGCCCCCUGCUGGAGGAGAAUCAA